GCUCGGCUGGGGGCGGGAGGAAGAGGGGCCGGACUGGGGCCUGACGAGCCGCCGCUGCCGCCACCGUCCUCGCGGCUGCUAUGACUAGCGGGCGAGGCGCCCUCCGCAGCUCCGCGCAGCGCUAGUCGCGGCCGUGCGCCCGCCGUCGCUCUCUGGAUCCCCGGCGCAGCCGCUUCCGCGGCUCUCUCGGCUCUUCCAGCGCCGCCUUCGAGGCGAGGCGGAGGCAGGAUGAAGAUGACGGUGGAUUUCGAAGAGUGUCUGAAGGACUCGCCCCGCUUCAGGGCUGCUUUGGAAGAAGUAGAAGGAGAUGUGGCAGAAUUGGAACUAAAACUCGAUAAGCUUGUGAAACUUUGUAUUGUGAUGAUUGAUACCGGAAAGGCCUUUUGUGUUGCAAAUAAACAGUUCAUGAAUGGGAUUCGAGACCUGGCACAGUAUUCUAGUAAUGAUGCUGUAGUUGAGACAAGUUUGACCAAGUUUUCUGACAGUCUUCAAGAAAUGAUAAAUUUUCACACAAUCCUAUUUGACCAAACUCAGAGAUCAAUUAAAGCACAGCUUCAGAACUUUGUUAAAGAAGAUCUUAGAAAAUUCAAAGAUGCCAAGAAGCAAUUUGAAAAAGUCAGUGAAGAGAAAGAAAAUGCAUUAGUAAAAAAUGCUCAAGUACAAAGAAACAAACAGCAUGAAGUUGAAGAAGCCACGAACAUUCUGACAGCAACAAGAAAAUGUUUUCGACAUAUAGCCCUCGACUAUGUACUUCAGAUUAAUGUCCUUCAAUCAAAAAGGAGAUCAGAAAUCCUAAAAUCAAUGUUAUCUUUUAUGUAUGCCCAUUUGGCCUUCUUCCAUCAAGGGUAUGAUCUAUUUAGUGAACUUGGGCCGUACAUGAAGGAUCUUGGUGCACAGCUGGAUCGACUGGUUGUGGAUGCAGCGAAGGAGAAAAGAGAGAUGGAGCAAAAACAUUCCACCAUUCAACAAAAGGAUUUCUCCAGUGAUGACUCUAAGUUAGAAUAUAAUGUAGAUGCUGCAAAUGGCAUUGUUAUGGAAGGAUAUCUGUUCAAACGAGCCAGCAAUGCCUUCAAAACUUGGAACAGACGCUGGUUUUCAAUACAGAACAAUCAAUUGGUUUACCAGAAAAAGUUUAAGGAUAACCCCACUGUGGUAGUGGAAGAUCUAAGGCUCUGCACAGUGAAACACUGUGAAGACAUAGAACGACGUUUCUGCUUUGAGGUAGUCUCUCCAACAAAAAGUUGUAUGCUUCAGGCAGAUUCUGAAAAGCUGCGCCAGGCAUGGAUUAAGGCUGUUCAGACCAGUAUUGCUACUGCUUAUAGAGAGAAGGGUGAUGAAUCAGAGAAGCUGGAUAAGAAAUCAUCUCCAUCCACAGGAAGCCUGGAUUCUGGAAAUGAGUCAAAAGAUAAAUUAUUGAAAGGAGAAAGUGCACUGCAGCGAGUCCAGUGUAUUCCUGGCAAUGCUAGCUGCUGUGACUGUGGUCUGGCGGAUCCACGGUGGGCCAGCAUCAACCUGGGCAUCACCCUGUGUAUAGAGUGUUCUGGGAUUCACCGGAGUCUUGGAGUUCAUUUUUCAAAAGUACGAUCUUUAACUUUAGACACCUGGGAGCCUGAACUUUUAAAGCUUAUGUGUGAGUUGGGAAAUGAUGUUAUAAAUCGAGUUUAUGAAGCUAAAGUGGAAAAAAUGGGAAUAAAGAAACCACAACCAGGACAAAGACAGGAGAAAGAGGCAUAUAUCAAAGCAAAAUAUGUGGAGAGGAAAUUUGUGGAUAAAUAUUCUAUAUCAUCAUCACCUUCUGAGCAGGAAAAAAGGAUGAUCUCCAAAAGUUGUGAAGAAAAGAGGCUGAGCAUUUCUAAACUUGGGCCCAGUGACCAAGUCAAAGUACCUCCCCAAAGUUCAGUCAAAAGUAAUGAUAGUGGAAUCCAGCAGAGCUCUGAUGAUGGAAGAGAAUCUUUACCCUCCACGGUGUCUGCCAAUAGUUUAUAUGAGCCUGAGGGAGAAAGGCAAGAUUCUUCUGUGUUUCUCGACUCUAAACAUCUUAACCCAGGACUCCAGCUUUAUAGGGCUUCAUAUGAAAAAAAUCUUCCUAAAAUGGCUGAGGCUUUGGCUCAUGGUGCAGAUGUGAACUGGGCUAAUUCAGAGGAAAAUAAAGCAACACCACUUAUUCAGGCUGUAUUAGGGGGUUCUUUGGUGACCUGCGAGUUUCUUCUACAGAAUGGUGCUAACGUGAACCAGAGAGAUGUGCAGGGGCGGGGCCCUCUGCACCAUGCCACUGUCUUGGGACAUACAGGGCAGGUAUGUUUAUUUCUAAAACGAGGUGCCAAUCAACACGCCACUGAUGAAGAAGGGAAAGACCCUUUGACCAUUGCUGUGGAAGCAGCCAAUGCGGAUAUAGUGACCUUGUUGCGUUUAGCAAGAAUGAAUGAAGAGAUGCGGGAAUCAGAAGGACUUUAUGGACAGCCAGGUGAUGAAACCUACCAGGAUAUUUUUCGUGAUUUUUCCCAAAUGGCAUCCAAUAAUCCAGAGAAACUAAAUCGUUUCCAGCAAGAUUCACAGAAAUUCUGAGUUAUUUUAAGAAGGGGAAAAUAUUAAAUUGAAUGAUCCCCUAAUGUGUACAUCUGAAAUCUCACAAAUUUUUACUGCUUUAAUUCUACUUAAUUUUAGUAGGUAUUGAGUGGUUUGGAAAAAAGGUACCCAUUCAUUGAUAUUUUUAUAAAUUAAAACAUAGAGCUCUAGUAGUUGGGAGAGGAACCUAUUUUAGGACCUCUUUUAU